AAUUCUAUCCAACUCCCUUUCUGCUCUGUGCUACACUAUCCAGAGCAAUCUCCAUGUUUUCUACAAGUCUCCACCUCAUUCUCUUGCAUUCUGGACCAUCAUCAGCCAUCUCCAUGUGUUCUAUAAUUCUAUCUGCUUCCUUCUCCACGUGUUCUACAUGCAAUUGUCUUCAUUUAGCUCCUUCUCCUGCAUGCUGCACAGUAUCCUCAACCAUCUCCAGGCGGCUUUCUGUACCUCCUUCUCCUAUGGGCUGCACCAUAUCAUAUGAUGAGCACGCCGCCUCUCCUUCAAACCUUUGAUCGGAUCCAAAAGUCUCAUCCUCUGUUUUUUUUUUUUUCUGUUAAUUCUCUUGAAGCAUAUUGUAGGUGUGAAAUAUUUUUGUAAAUAUUACAUUAUUAAUUAAGUGGGUAUCAAUUU